GUGAGAAAAAUAAGAUUCCCGGACGUCGCAAGAUUCCACGAAAGCCAUAUCCAGUGGGACGAGAAGGGAAAGUACUUGCCGAUGGUUCCACUAACAUUAUCAUUCAAUCAGAACCAUGUGAAGACAAGGAGAUCGAAAAGACAAAACGAUUGUUUCGAGUUAUGCUUCCUUGCGGGAUCGGACCACAGUACAUUAUAGCAACAGCAUCAACAACAACAAAGGGUGAUGAAGUUGAACGUGUAGUCAAGAUGCAGAAUAACUCAACAAUUGUUAAAUUCACAAGACCACAAAUCUUCUCUGAAUACUCAACUGCAAAAGGAGCUGUUGAUAUUAAUAAUCAGAGUUAUGGAAUGUCUUUGUGUGAAAACAGAAACAGAGCCUCUGAGAAGGAAUGUGAUUCUACUAGAUCUUGA